GUUUGCACCAAAUUUGUCGGAAACCGUCAAUCGCAGAUCGAAAGGUCGUGCAUGGCGGACCUUCUGGGUAAGCUCGAAGAGGCCAAGCAGACGGGGCUGCUGCACCUCGUGCAGCUCAACCUGCGCGCUGUGCCGAGUGACCUCUUCCGCCUCAACUUUUCGGCCUUGUACCGGUUGGAUCUUGGCUUCAACCACGUUCGCGUCCUCCCAGACGCGAUCGGGCAGCUCGCUGCGCUCGAAUUUCUUUGGCUCAACGACAACCCGUUGCAGUCGAUCCCACCUUCGAUCCACAAGUGCGUUAAGCUGCAGGUCCUCGACCUCAAUCGCACUGAGCUGCGCGACUUGCCGUGCGAGCUCGGCCGCAUGCAGCACCUCAUCGUCCUGGACCUUGACCGCGUCCCGCUGGCCGCCAAGCUGCUUGCUGCGACGCAGGUCGUUGGCAAGAGCGAGAAGCAGGCGCAAGCCGUGUGCGCGAGCGUGCUGCGCUAUCUACAUCGAAAGGACGUCCGGCGCCAGCAAAAGCAAAUUCUGUUUGAAAAACUCAAAGACGGGCCGUACCGCGAAAGCGCCGAUACGAACGACGGCAUGGAGCGCAUUCACCGCCUCAUGAAGCGCGCGAUCAAAGAGUUUCCGACCGAAGACGACGUCCAGAGUCUGAUCCGCAACCUGGAGCGUCUAUUUCCACCCAACUUGAUCACGGCCAGCGACCACCCUUCGGCGACAGCGACCGCGAUGCGCGCGCACUUUGUACAGCUCAAGCAAGACAACCAGAAGAAGAAACUGGCGGCCGAGCUUGAGCUCAAGAUCCGCAACAUUUACUUUGACCGGAUCGAUCCCGUGGCCGUCGAGCCCAUGGUGCUGUCGAUCUACACAGAGAUCAAGUCGCUCAAGGACAUCAAAUUUCUCAUUCGAUAUGCCACAAGCUUGUUCCCGCCGACCGCAGCCGAAGUCGACGGCGCCGAGCUUCGCGAUCGGCUCGCCGCUCUUCAAGACGAAAUGGCCCGGUACUGAAUACGGCAAUUCUCCGAGUGGGAACGUAUGUGCUGUAGCGAGCGGCAAAAUGCCAUCGACAAGGUGUUUGUGGCCGUCACGGGUAUCUACAGCGACGUCGAGCCCGACAAGAUCCGCGCGCUCAUUGACCAAGUCGUACCGCUCUUCAAGAACGUCAAAGACCUCAAGACCUUGGCCGCGGACGCCGCGCUGCACUUUCCAAGCGAAUUCCUCAACGCGGUCGCUGCCGACAUCAAGCAGAGCUUUGUUCGCAAAGCCCACGGCGCCGCCGAUAUGGACAAGACCCUUUCAAUGACCAAAACGUGAUCGAGUAAAAGCAUAAUACGACUCGUUUAACGCA